GUGAAGAAAACGUUAAACAAAACAAUAAAUAAUUCUCUGUGUCAGAUUCUUUCACACAUUUUUCUUUGCACGCAGAAACCUGAAAUUUUGACAGUACUGAAUUUGGGCCAUCUUCAUCCUUUUCAUCUUCACAUUUUACUCAAAUGUUCUGAACUGUUCUUCAGACUUCUUUUCCUUAUCCUGUCUCUGUAAAGUUCUUUAUUUCUCUUUUUUUCACAUCCAUUUUGUUGCUAGAGGUGGGGUCUUUUUAUUAUUUGGGUUUAGUUCACUUUAUACCGUUCUGGAUUCUGCAUCUUGGAAACGUUUUAUAUCACAACCUGAUUUGAUGCUUUCGCUGGCACUUCAGAAACUCUAGUGAAAAUUCUUGGAAACUGUUAUUUCAUUAUUUUUCAUAAUAAAGAAGAAAUUUAAGAAAUGGCAGGCGGAGCAGCAACCAAAGCAGAUGAACCAGCGCCACACCCACCGAAGGAUCAGCUUCCCAAUGUUUCCUACUGCAUUACAAGUCCUCCUCCAUGGCCUGAGGCCAUUCUUCUUGGAUUUCAACAUUAUUUAGUGAUGCUUGGCACAACAGUGAUCAUACCGACUGUUCUGGUCCCUCAAAUGGGGGGAGGAAAUGAGGAGAAAGCUAAAGUCAUUCAGACUCUGCUAUUUGUUUCUGGAUUGAACACUCUGCUGCAGUCAUGGUUCGGGACCAGAUUACCUGCUGUCAUUGGGGGGUCAUACACCUUUGUUGCACCCACAAUUUCAAUUAUCCUGUCUGGUAGAUGGAGUGAUCCAAACCCUGAAUUGAGGUUCAAGAAGAUUAUGCGGGCCACUCAGGGUGCACUUAUUGUUGCCUCAACUAUUCAAAUAGUCCUAGGCUUUAGUGGGCUUUGGCGUAACGUUGCAAGGUUUCUGAGUCCACUUUCAAUUGUUCCUUUGGUUUCUCUUGUUGGUUUCGGGCUCUAUGAGUUUGGGUUCCCUGGGGUUGCCAAAUGUGUUGAAAUUGGAUUGCCGCAGCUCAUCAUUCUAAUUCUCUUUUCUCAGUAUUUGGCCCACCUCAUACGCCCGGGAAAUAAUAUAUUAGAUCGUUUUGCUGUUAUAUUCUCUGUGGCAAUAGUAUGGAUUUAUGCCUAUCUACUUACUGUGGGUGGGGCCUACAAUGGGAAGUCACCAAGGACACAAAUAAGCUGCAGAACAGAUCGUGCUGGACUUAUUGGUGCUGCUCCUUGGAUAAGAGUUCCAUACCCCUUCCAAUGGGGAGCACCUUCAUUUGAUGCUGGUGAAGCCUUUGCCAUGAUGAUGGCUGCGUUUGUUUCUCUUGUAGAGUCCACGGGUGCCUUUUUCGCAGUAUCAAGAUAUGCCAGUGCAACCCCAAUGCCACCAUCUAUUCUCAGCCGUGGCGUAGGCUGGCAGGGUGUUGCCAUCUUACUUUCGGGGCUCUUUGGAACCGGGAAUGGAUCAUCAGUUUCUGUUGAGAAUGCAGGCCUAUUAGCACUAACUCGUGUUGGUAGUCGAAAAGUUGUGCAAAUAUCUGCUGGAUUCAUGAUUUUCUUCUCCAUUCUCGGAAAAUUUGGAGCAGUCUUUGCCUCCAUCCCAGCACCUAUUGUGGCUGCUUUGUACUGCAUCUUCUUCGCCUAUGUUGGUUCAUCAGGCUUAAGUUUUCUUCAGUUCUGCAACCUCAAUAGUUUCCGGACCAAAUUCAUAUUGGGUUUUUCCAUUUUUAUGGGCUUGUCUGUUCCUCAGUACUUCAAUGAAUACACUGCUAUUCGAGGCUUUGGUCCUGUCCACACAUCUGGUAGAUGGUUCAACGACAUAGUCAAUGUCCCUUUCUCGUCUGAAGCUUUUGUGGCCGGCAUAGUGGCAUAUUUUCUGGACAACACAAUGCACAAGAAGGAUCCCCAGAUAAGGAAAGACCGGGGCAAACAUUGGUGGGACAAAUUCCAUUCCUUCAAGACUGACACUAGAAGUGGGGAAUUCUAUUCCCUUCCAUUCAAUCUCAACAAAUAUUUCCCGUCCGUGUAAUUAUUGGGAGAAUGGAUUUCCUCAGAUUUUGCUCUUAACGUGGUUCUUAAACUAAUGUGUGCCAAAAGACUAUUUUAACCAUGGAGAAGAAUUAUAAAUAGACUGGCCCCUUGAAUUAUAUGUUGGUAAUUGUAUCUUAUUGUUGCAAAUUGAUCUAUUUUAACCAUGGAGAAGAAUUAUAAAUAGACUGGCCUCUUGAAGUAUAUGUUGGUGUUUGUAUCUUAUUGUUGCAAAUUGAUCGGUUGUACAUAUAAACUUUUGACAAGUUCGCUGCUUCA